AUGAGGCCUUCCUGGAUGUCCCCUUGGAUAUCAAAGCAGCCUCAUCCCUCACUGCAGCUCUGGAGGACUUUGUAACACCUGAGCACCUGGAUGGUGAAAACUGCUUUAAAUGUAGCAAGUGUGAGAAGAAUGUUGCCGCCACUAAGAGGUUCACUGUCCACUGUGCACCCAAGGUUCUCACUGUGUGUCUGAAGAGGUUUGACUGCUUCACUGGUGGGAAGAUCAGCAAGGUUGUAGAGUAUCCGGAGUACUUGGAUCUUCGCCCAUACAUGUCUCAGGCAGAUGGAGAAGCACUCCUCUACUCCUUAUGUGCUGUCCUGGUGCACAGUGGUGUCAGCUGUCAUGGAGGACACUAUUUCUGCUACACAAAGGCCAGCAAUGGAUUGUGGUACCGGAUGGACGAUGAAUCUGUGCAGCUGUGUUCCAUUGACACAGUUCUCAGGCAGCAAGCCUACCUGCUGUUCUAUGCCAGAUGCUCUGAUCUGAGAAUUGGAGAAAGGCCUUCUUCCUCACUGGCACCAUCACAUGCCCCUUCCUUCCUCAGUCAGUGUGUGGCCAGCAGCAAGCAGGCGGGCUCUGUUGGACCACAGGCUCUGACUGGUAGGACUAAGGACACUGUGUCCGUCAUCGCUGCCAUCAUCGUCAUCAUCGGCCUCAUGGGAGUCGGUGUCUGGAAGCUCUGA